AGUCUGCGCGAUUUUUGUCUGCAGAUAUUGUCAACGCUGACAAGAUGUCGGGGAGGAGCAGGAAGUACAAGAUUAUCUUCAGCCCCCAGAAGUUCUACGCUUGCGAGAUGGUGCUGGAGGAAGAGGGAGUCUUUGGUGAUGUCACCUGCGAUGAAUGGUCCUUCUACCUGCUCCCCCUGGACGAAGACAUCAUCAGCAUGGAGCUGCCCGAGUUCUUUCGCGACUACUUCUUGGAGGGAGAUCACCGCUGGAUCAACUCCGUCGCUCGAGCCCUGCAGUUACUGAACUCCCUGUACGGACCUUUCGGCAAGGUGUACGGGAUUGGCAGGUGUGCCAAGGUACGGCCCGUGCUGCCGGCUCGGCUGGCACGCAGGGAAUCCUCUGGCACGAGGGGCAGGAGGGCAGCUGUGUUGGCACCGGCUCUCGUUGCAGACACGGACUACGUGACGGCACUGUGCUCCCAGGUGGUGUACGAGGGGCUGGUGGACGACACCUUCCGCAUCAAGUGCGGGAGCGUGGAUUUUGGGCCAGACGUCACCUCUUCUGACAAGAGUAUUAAGGUUCUGCUCAACGCCCAGGACAAAGUCUUCAGCCAGAUCCGGAACGAGCACUUCUCCAGUGUCUUCGGCUUCCUGAGCCAGAAGUCGCGUAACCUGCAGGCCCAGUACGACCGGCGCCGCGGCAUGGACAUCAAGCAGAUGAAGAACUUUGUCUCCCAGGAACUGAAGGGACUAAAGCAAGAGCAUCGCCUGCUGAGCCUAGCCUAUAUUGGUGCCUGCGAGUCCAUCAUGAAAAAGAAAACCAAGCAGGACUUCCAGGAGAUGAUCAAGGUCGAGCAUUCUCUGUUGGAGGGCUUUGACAUCCGUGAGAGCACCAGCUUCAUAGAGGAGCACAUUGACCGGCAGGUGUCCCCCAUCGAGAGCCUGCGCCUGAUGUGCCUCCUGUCCAUCACGGAGAACGGUCUCAUCCCCAAAGACUACCGCUCCCUGAAAACCCAGUACCUGCAGAGCUACGGGCCUGAGCACUUGCUGACCUUCCACAACCUCAAGCGCAUCGGGCUGCUGACCGAGCAGUCGGCCGGAGAGACCCUGACUGCUGUGGAGAGCAGGGUCAGCAAGCUGGUGACGGACCGUGCUGCAGGAAAGAUCACAGAUGCAUUUAAUUCUUUGGCCAGGAAGAGCAAUUUUCGAGCUAUAAGCAAGAAGCUGGGGUUGGUAUGUCCUCGUGGGGCUGCUGGCCUGCUG